CCGACAACAGAAGAAGAAAGAUUCAAAGAUAGAGGAGAGUGAGAGGACAGUAGUUUGACAGAGUGAGAGGCACAGUGAGUUUGUGAAAGUGGGACAAACGUCUGAGACGAGUGGAGGAGUGAGGAUGAUGCGAGCCCAGAUUGAAGUUAUCCCCUGCAAGAUCUGUGGUGAUAAGUCCUCUGGAGUACAUUAUGGAGUCAUCACUUGUGAGGGCUGCAAGGGAUUUUUCCGGCGUAGCCAGCUUCCUACUGUAUCAUACUCCUGCUCCAGGCAGAGCAACUGCCAGAUUGACCGGGCCAGCCGCAACCGCUGCCAAAGCUGCCGCCUGCAGAAGUGUUUGGCUCAGGGCAUGAGCAGAGAUGCGGUGAAGUUUGGGCGGAUGUCAAAGCGUCAGCGUGACUCUCUGAUUGCUGAAGUUGAGCGGCAUCGACAGCAGCAGCAGCAGCAGCUUCAGGGAGACACCCAGUCCAUCCUGUCCUACCCCACCAAGACCCAUCAAGGCCGCUCUCUACAGCUCCUCCAGCCCAUGGCGUACCCCUUCAGCGGGGAGGCUGAGCUUCUGUCCCACACCACUGAUGUUCACCCUUACCUUGUGUGCUCCCCGAAUGAGGCACAGGUGACAGGAAUGAUCUACCGGGGCUCCUCCAUUUCUCCAACACCAAGAUCCCAAGGUAGGGGGGACAGCAGCGGACACACUGACAUGAGAGGCUUUAACUCCAGACCGCCGUCUAGUGACCUGAUGGCCGUUCACCCCUACAACCCUCUGGAGGAUCCUUACAGCCUCUAUCCUCACUCUCUGAGAAACAUGGAUGAGCUGUGUGCCAGCAUUGUUCGUUCCCACAGAGAGACCAGUCAGUACAGAGUGGAGGAGCUGCAGGCUCUCAGAUGGAAACUGUUCAGCAGAGAGGAGAUCCAGGCCUACCAGAGCAAAUCAGUGGAUGAGAUGUGGCAGCACUGUGCUAUCAGACUGACUGAUGCUGUGCAGUACGUGGUGGAGUUUGCAAAGCACAUCCCAGGUUUUCGUAUGCUGAGCCAGAACGACCAGAUCGCCCUCUUGAAGACUGGCUCCAUGGAGGUUGUUCUGGUCAGGAUGAGUCGUUUAUUCAACACGGAGAACAACACGGUCUUCUUCGAUGGGAAAUUUGCUGGAACUGAAGUCUUCAAAUCUCUCGCAUGUGGAGAUUUAAUCACAGCAGUGUUUGAUUUUGCUCAUGGCAUGUGUGCUCUGAAGCUCACUGAGCAGCAGAUCGCUCUCUUCAGUGCUCUGGUGCUCAUCAAUGCAGAUCGUCCAUGUCUGGAGGACAGAAGCAGAGUCCAGCGAGUGCAGAGGAGUGUGGAGCUAGGACUCACACACAUUUUACACCGAGACAACCAAGAAAAUCUGAUGCACAAGCUGUACCAGAGGAUGGCAGUGUUGUGUUCACUGUGCAGUCUGCACAUGGAGAAGCUGCGCUGGUUCAGUCAGCGUUACCCGCUCACUGCUCACUCUCUGUUCCCUCCUCUCUACAAGGAGCUGUUCACCUCUGAGCCCGAGCUGCUGCAGGGGAGCACUCACUGAGGAUUCACAUCCAUGCUCCAACACACAAACAUUAUUUUAAAUCUCUCAUUUUCUUCUUAACAGAAUCUAUUUUUCUAAUAAUGAACAGAGAA